AUUGGUCGAUUGCUAAGGCCUUGGUCUCGAUGUUCCCGGGUUUUUAUAUGGCCGUAGACAAGUUGGCUUUAUUGUGAGCUGUGCUGUGGACGUUGGUGAUCAAUACUCGGAGAAAAUAUGGCUGGUGGUAAAGCUGGUAAAGACUCUGGCAAAGCCAAGGCGGCUUCUGUUUCACGUUCUGCUAAAGCUGGUUUACAGUUUCCAGUUGGUCGUAUCCAUCGAAUUAUGAAGAACCGGACAACCAGUCAUGGACGUGUGGGUGGAACUGCUGCAGUGUACACAGCAGCCAUUUUGGAAUAUCUUACUGCUGAGGUGCUUGAGUUGGCAGGGAAUGCUUCUAAAGAUCUCAAAGUGAAGCGUAUUACACCUCGUCACUUGCAGCUUGCCAUCAGAGGUGAUGAAGAAUUGGAUGCCCUCAUAAAGGCCACAAUUGCUGGUGGUGGUGUUAUUCCUCACAUUCACAAGUCUCUGAUUGGAAAGAAAGAACAACAGAAAGCUGUAUAAGUAAUCUUCGCCCAACAUGGGACCCUGGCCCAACAUCAUACUUUGUAUUGCUGCUUAUCGGUGUUGCAGUACCCUGGUUUCUGGAACGGGAUUGUAGCCACUUUCCUAAUUUUGGCUUCAAAGAUGGCAGUCUUGAACGAACACUGAUGCUGGUUUUAACUUUUAGUUUUUUUAAAAAAAGAUGUGUAUUCUUUUUGUACAAGUCAAACAGAAAUGAUUCUAUUACUUGAAAAUAUGUUAAAUAAAUCAUUUUUGGCGACAUAA